AUGAUGCAGGUAACAGAUGAUGUUGGGAAGUCCUGUGAGGUCGAGGCGCUUUAUUCUUCGACCCAGCGAUCCGGAAAAGGAACACUAACGAUCCGCCAGCUCGUUUCCUUUCCGCCCUUCCUGCGUGGGGUGUUAACCGCGUACGAAUGCGGCGGUGACCCAGCGGUUUCCCGCAAGCCUCCUCGGGGCUCCCGGGCAGGUCUGCAGAGGGUCACAGCCCGGUUCCGCGGCGUCCUCUCCAGGCCUAACGCGCAUUCCCCGCUCCGAGGCCCCGCCCUGCAGCCCCCGCCCCCCUCAUUGGCCCCGCCCGGCCUCGGUACAGCGGCUCACUUCCGACUCCGGCGAGAUACAGGCCACGCCCAAGGGCCGUACCGCACAAGACCCUUUGGUAGUGUGGGGAUUGUUGCGUCCGGUGACCAAGCUGAGAAAGUGCCGCUCGCCCGGCUAUCGGGAAUCCGGGGGAUCUCCCCGAAAAUGACGGCGUCUUGCGCGCGGCGCGGGGCACCUCUCUGUCGCCCCGAGAGCCACUUCUCUUCUUGGUGCUCCGUUGGGAUCCUUUUAGGGGCCCUAGUGCUCCCGCUACCAGUAUCCCCGUCCGAUGCCUGUGGUGAUCCACCAAGAUACCAAUCUAUGAAGCUGAAGGGUGUUGCUCAACCCCCUUAUAGCCCUGGGGCCACAAUAGAAUACGAGUGUCGUCUAGGGUACAAGCUCAAGAGACCUCCUCUUCCCACCUCUGCCAUCUGUCAGGCUAAUAACACAUGGACACCUCUCCAGGAGGCUUGUACAAGAAAAUUAUGUCCACAUCCAGUAGAGCCGGUAAAUGGCGCAGUGCAACAUGUAAAUGAGACUUUGGAGUUUGGUUCACAGGUUCACUAUGUUUGUAAUGAGGGUUAUAACUUAAUUGGAACUAAAAUUCUGUAUUGUGAACUUGAUGGAGAAAAUGUGAAUUGGAGUGACAAUCCCCCACUAUGUGAAGUGAUGCGUUGUAGACCACCUCCAAAAAUACAAAACGGAAAAUACAGCAUAACCGACCAGGAGGACUUUAGAUAUGGUGAGGUAGUAACUUACAGUUGUGAUCCUGCAAACGGACCGGAUGAAUAUUCACUUGUUGGAGAGAGCAAGCUUGUCUGCUCUGGGAAUGACGUAUGGAGUAGUAAGCCUCCUGAGUGUAAAGUGGUCAAAUGUAAAUAUCCAGUACUUGAAAAUGGAAGAAUAGUAUCAGGAUUUGGAUCAAAAUUUUACUACAAAGCCAUGGUUGUAUUUGAAUGUGUCCCGGGUUUUUACCUCAGUGGCAACAACACAAUUGUCUGUGGCGCCAACAGUACUUGGGAGCCUGCGAUUCCGAAGUGCAUUAAAGAGUCACCUCCUCCCAGUACAACACCUCCAGUUUCCAGUACCUCAGGUUCCAAACCUGCCAUUACAACCAAGCCACCUCGGGUGUCGAGUUCUCCAGGACAUCCUGGUACCACUGAUGAAUCACAACCACCUGAAGACGUGGCACCUUUAGGUGGAGGAAUUAUUGCCGUGAUUGUUAUUGUUACACUUGUUGGUGCUGGAAUAGUUGCUGCCGGCCUGUUCAAAUUUCUACACACCAGGAAGAAACGGAAGAGACUGAAAAAGGAAACAGCUGAGGCAGCACAUUAUACUCAGGUGAAGUAGAUCCCGCCUCUUCUGAGCCCUCACUGGCAGCGUCUCUCAAGCAAGCCAGUGGGAAAAGAGGAGGGACGCCACGCUGAUUCAGAUUACAUUUCUAAAGUUUGGUUUCACGCUGUUAUAUUUAGUAGCACAAAUUGGGCCGAAGAAACAUUGCCGAGAAGAAUAUGAGUUGGGGACUCAACAGUGGCCUGGAGUGAACAUUGUUUCACUCCUAAAGUCAUGUUAAUAACGCACUGCACGUGUUCCUUCCCUUUGUCAUCUCUGAUGAGGCACUUCAGGAAGAUAAGUUUGGGCAGAAGAAACAGGAAUUCUGAAUUCAAUAUAGAGCUGGAGGUUUACUGUGCCCAUUUUCACAUGCUCUUCAAGAAUGUAGCACUUGCUUAGAAGCAAGGCAUGGCUGUACUAUUUACUUUUUUAAAGCCAAACUGAGGCGCUUUUCAACCAAAGAUUAGAUCAACCAAAAAUAGACUUUUUAUAAUACUUUUGCUUCAAAUUUACUGUUUUCAACUUGGUAUAUUUAUAUGUGAGAUUGAUAUAUUUGUGCAAAUAUAAAUUAUGUUGUUUGUCAAAUUAUCGAUUACUUAAAUAUAUAGGGAAACCAGUUUUCUCUAGAAAAGUUUGUUUAAAUGACAGAGAAAGCAGCUUUUUGUACUGAAAAGUUCAUUAAAACUGCAAGCAAGUAUCUGAAGUGAAAAGUCCCAUGUAUAGUGAUCUUUACUGUUCACUUUUUGAAAA